AUGUGGUGGGCUUUCGGCACUUUCCUGGAAGAUGUACCCCGACGACUCGGCAGCAACGAAGCACUCGACCGCGCAGUUGACGCUGUAACCACUGCCCACGCAGGCUUCUGCACUGGUCAAUCAGUUUCGGCUGAGACACUAGCCAAGUAUUCAUACGCGCUCAAGACCCUGAGAGUCUAUCUAGAUCACCCAGUCCAGGCGAGUGCUUCCAGUACACUAUGUGCUGUCAUGAUACUUUUGGUCUGCCAAACAUUUAUCGGAAAUAACGGGCAAAUGAUAUCAGGACAUGCGCAAGGGGCCGCCAGCAUUCUGCACGCGCGAAAGAACUUUGGGCCACGCGAUGACUUUGAGCGUAAAUUGUUCCUCUCUUUACGCGGAAGCGUGUUAUUCGAGGGCUUAUACAAUGAUGCUAUCGACCUGAGCUCCGAGGAGUGGGAUUCCUUAGUCAAGAAUGACUUUGAUCAAGACCAACCCGAAGGCCAGAUUUUGCGAUGUCUAGCGCGAGCCCCGGUUCUAAUGAAACGCGGCAAACAAGCUAUACGCGAUGGCGAAGAUUUGAUGCUAUUGACGAUGGAAGUCCGACCAAUAUACGAAAAAUGCAAAUUGAUCCUGGGCGAAUUGCAAGCACGAACAGUCGAAUUUGAAAAGUCCGGGCUCACUAUGACAGAAACCUUUAUGGGCCGUAUCUUGAGAGCACAUUAUCUCCGCACCCAUGGAAUUGGUCUCGCAAUCACGACAUUUUUCAAUUGCAUUCUCCAGGCACUGGAUCCCAGUGACUAUACAUGCAUGGUAGAAUCGAGAUCUCUUGUUAAGGAUACUCUCGAACAUGCUCAGAAAUCCAAUGUUUACAGACCAGUUGGAGCAGGAUACGUAAUAAUGUGUCUCUCGGCAGCUUGGGCCGUUACUGCAGAUCCCGAACUGCGGUCAAUGGUGGAAGCCGCCUUGAUUGACUAUCAUGGUGACUUUGUGACCCGUGAUGUCGUGAAUAUACCCAAAGAGCUGGAACAGGCGAGUGAGAAUUUAUGGCUAGGAUUGACUGCUCAGGCGAAUGCAAUUUUUAUCCCCUAA